AUGGCAAAAGCAUACACAGAGGCUGAAUUUGAUAUUCUAAUGGAUAAGGUGGAGAAGGUAGAUAUAAGGGUGAAAGAAUACUUGAAAUUAGUUGGAUACGAAAAGUGGGCAAGGUUGUAUGCACUUGUUAACAGGGGAUGGACCAUGACGUCAAAUAUAGCUGAGUCAAUCAAUGCCGCACUUGUGUCAGCAAGAGAAUUGCCAAAAUACGACUUCCUCGAAGAAGUUAGGAAGAUGUUUGGACGUUGGAAUUGCAGUAAUCGGAAAGAAGCUUCACACACGUACACAACGCUGGGAAAAAAAUACCAGAAAAUGCUUUCUUCGAAUGAGGCAAUGUCUACACGUAUGACUGUUGUACCAUCAACCGAAUACUUCCAUACGGUGAACGAUGAAGGAAGGCAUUACACCAUUUGCCUCUUAGAGAGAAAGUGCAGUUGUGGGCGGUUCCAAGUUGACGAAUUACCAUGCCCACACGCUUGGGCUGUCUUGAAGAGCAAGUUUCUAAUGCUAGAAGAUUAUUGCUCGGACUAUUACACCAAAGUCUGUGGUAAUGACAUACGAGGUGCCCAUGUAUCCGCUGCCUGA